UGAGUGACAGCUUCACAGUAGCAGUGUGUGCUGCGCUUGAGAGGAGGGGUGACAGGGAGCCGUCUACUGUAUGUUACAGUAAUAAGAUUACUGAACUCCUAAAGCUUCUUUUAAAUCGUAGUAGUCGAGUUAUUUCUCGCACACCGACCGCACCGCAUGUGCGCGCGGCCGAAGACUUGUCCGCUCACCCAUUCAGUUCGUCCACUGCCAAGAAACGAAGCAGAAUUCAAUGACAUUCUUUUUUUGAAAGAAACCCCUCGCGACCUUCCACACAUGCAUUUUGUAAAGCCACAGAAGACGACGGAGGUAACACUGGUGGACGUUCGCUACUUUAAGUGCUGAAAAACUUUUAGCGAAAGAGAUCCGAACGAACGAGGCAUGGAGAACCAGACCGAACCGCAGAGCAGCACCGAAGACGUCCGUAAGAGCGGCUAUCUCCGCAAGCAGAAAUCCAUGCACCGGCGGUACUUCGUGUUGCGGACGGCGUCUGAGCGCGGCCCGGCCCGUCUCGAAUACUACGAGAGCGAGAAGAAAUUCAGAGGUAAAGCGCCCGUGCCCAAAAAGGCUCUGGCGCUGGAGACGUGCUUCAACAUCAACAAACGAGCCGACUCCAAGAAUAAACACAUGAUUGUGCUGUACACACGCGCGGAGAGUUUUGUUGUGGCUGCGGAGAAUGAGACGGACCAGGAGGAAUGGUUUCAAGCGAUGGUGGAACUUCAAUGCAAGAGUAAAGCACUAUGUGACAGUGGGAAUGGGGAAGACUAUGGAGUACCAACCCCUGGUCCUGCUUUCAAAGAGGUCUGGCAAGUAAAGGUUUGGCCUAAAGGUCUAGGGCAAGCCAAGAACUUGGUUGGUAUCUAUCGCCUCUGCCUGACUGAAAAGACAGUAAACUUUGUCAAGCUAAACUCUGAUGCAGCAGCUGUUGUGCUUCAGCUCAUGAAUGUGAGACGCUGUGGUCACUCUGAAAACUUUUUCUUUGUGGAGGUGGGCCGCUCUGCUGUAACUGGCCCCGGAGAGUUUUGGAUGCAAGUGGAAGAUUCUGUAGUGGCACAAAAUAUGCAUGAAACACUGUUAGAAGCCAUGAAAGCCCUGAGUGAAGAAUUCCGACAACGUAGUAAGUCACAGUCAACUGCUGCAGGAGCGGGAGGCGGUAGCACAGCAUCAAAUCCUAUCAGCGUUCCAUCUCGACGCCAUCACCCAAACCCACCACCUAGCCAAGUUGGGUUUACAAGACGUCCACGGACUGAACCACCAGGAUGUACUGGAGGAGGUGAGAACAGCAAUAACAGCUCUCCAAAUCCUCGACACAGCUUUCCCCGAAGUCGAACGUCCAGUGAUGGUGGAAAUUUUGAUGAUUUAGCUGGUGCAGCAACAGGAGGUAUUGCAUCAUGUUCAAGUCCUACCACCAAUGGGUCAUGCUCAAAUACCCCUAUACUGAGAUCAACAUCUGUUCGUGCUCCCACCCCAGUCAAGGCACAGCAUGCUCUAAUGAGAUCCACCUCAACCCCAGCUGCUUCAACUGCAUCAAGUCAACCUUCUAGCUCUGGUCAUACAUCUGAGUUUUGUGGAACUGGGACAGAUAGCAGCGGUGGGGGUGGUAAUGUUAGUGUAUACAGUCAAAUACCUCUCCGGCACCCUUCUGUCUCAGGCUCUCUCAGUGACUAUGGAUCCUCAGAUGAAUAUGGCUCAAGCCCUGGUGAGCACUCUCUGCAAACACCAACAAUGCAGACUGGUUCUGCAGGUAGCUCAGGUAAACAUUCUGUUGGAGAUGAGGCAUCUAACUACAUCCUAAUGGGUCAGAGAGGGGCAUCUAAAACUCAACAACCCCAAAAUGCAUUACCACAAACCAGGAGGGUUCUGAGACGCUCUUCUAGCAGAGAGUGUGAAGCAGAGCGCAGGCUCAUGAGUAAGCGGGCUUCCCUCCCACCCAUGGCCUUAGAGAGACUAGCACCCCUCCGUCGAGCUGGAGAGGAAGCGUUUGAAGAGGAUGAUUAUGCAAUUAUGAUGCGUACCACCAGCCAAGAGUCAUUUAGUGCAAGGCAGGAGUCUGGAACAACAACAGGUGGAACAGGAUACCUAGAGGUAGCUGCAGACAACAAAUGCGAUGCUGGUAGUAAUGGAACAGUUGGCCCUGCCGUUACUGGUGGAGGUAAUGGAGCAAUAGAUCAUGGAUAUAUGUCCAUGUUGCCAGGAGUUACAGCGUCCCCUGUAUCCCAUUCACAUUCCCUUUCAGUUGCAGUAUCAGAUUCAGACUCAAAACCUGCAGAUGACUACAUGGCCAUGACCCCCAAUAACAGCAUUUCACCCCCCCAGCAGAUCCGCCCACCACCUUCUGGCACAGAUGGCUACAUGAUGAUGUCUCCUAAUAGUAGCUGUUCACCAGAUCAACGAGGGGUCCCCUCUGCCUGGAUUGGCAGUAGCAGCGCAGAUAGCCGAACUGGAAGUGACUAUAUGAAUAUGUCACCUAUUAGUGCACGUUCUGCCAAUAGCACACCACCACAACAUGAGCCCCUGCGACCAUCUGACUUGCAUCUUCAACAGCCCCCACCUAAGAUGGUAUACUCUUACUAUUCUCUUCCUCGUUCCUACAAACAUAACAGCUCAACUCACUUUGAGGAAGGGCCAGGAAGAGGGAAGCAUCUGGUUAAUGGAGGUAGAGGUCUCGGUGGAGGUAGAGGACUUAAUAAUAACAAGUCUAAGCAUCAGGAACCACCUGUUGGCCGACAUCUGUCCCUUUCAUCAUCCUCAUAUUCUUCCAGUUCAGCCAGCAGUGAGAGCUUGGGUGAAGGUGAGGACAAAGCUGCCAAGGGGACAGGAGGAAGAAUAGGUGCUACUGCAAAGGAUGAUCAGGGAUCCAUGCAGCAAAGACAAGGGACUGGAGGGGUAAAGCAUUCUGGUCAGAGGGGCCGUCCACUUAGCUUGUUUGUGGACAUCUCUAAAGCCAACACUCUUCCAAGAGUUCAUGAGACACCCCUUCCUUCUGAACCUAAAAGCCCUGGGGAGUACGUCAGCAUUGAGUUCAAAGGUGAGAGGAACACAAAGACAGGAGGAAGUGGAAACAAAGGAUUUCAGUUAUAUACUACUCUUCCACCUAGUGCCCAUCGCCCCUUACCCAGGCCAACGUCUUGUGUUGCUGGCUUCUUGCCCUUCGCCCAAAGCUCCUCCACCUCUGUUCUCCUGCCAGCUGCCUCUGAGUACGUCAACAUGGAGCUUGGAGCCUCUCCUUCCCCUUCACCCCUCUCCCUCACACCACUUGGGUUUCCUUCAUUUCCCACUCCCCCAGUUACACCAGCAGCAGCCCCUAAAGCCUCAGAUGAACAUAGAUCAACACCUCUACAUGAUGAUGAAGCUGAGGGUGAGAUGGGACAUAGAGAAAGCAGGCAAGCAUCAGCACCACAGUCUGGAGAUUCACCUACAGCCUGUGGUGGUGACUACACAAAGAUGGCCUUUAGCCUGAACUCAGACAAAAGAUCAGAUAAAUCAAAAAAUAAAGCCUCUUUGCCAGACCAGCCUGAACCAAUAGUUCCAGCUCUAGGUUUAGGAAUAGGACUAGAUUUUCCCCUUGCCAAGAUUCCAAACCCAGACCUCGGAGCUAAGGUAAUCCGAGCAGAUCUUCAAGGUCGUCGACGACAUUGCUCUGAAACGUUCCAGGUUCCUUCCUCACUGUCAGCUUGCUCUACAACAUCAUCUUCCCCUGCAUUCCCUGAACACUCCCAAGCUAUAGCCCGUCGGCUUGGUUUUGAUGGUGUGCUUUGGGGUAACAGCUCAGCAGACAUCUCAUCUCAGUACAUAAACCCCGGACUACCUAGCCUAUCUUCUUCACAGACAUCCAUGGAGCAGGGUCUCAAUUACAUAGACUUGGACCUGGCUAACAAGGAAAGCCCCCACACUACCACAGAGGGGCAGGCAGCUGUCCACACACCUGUUGCCCGUCUCUUUUCCUCUGUGUUGGGUGGUGGAGCUGCAGGGGGUUCUAUGGGAACUGGAGGUUCAGGGAGUAGUACUUCAAGCCUUAACACAUAUGCUAGCAUUGACUUCUAUAAGUCAGAAGAGCUACGGACACAUCAAAGCAGCAGUAGCAGCAAAGAUGGUACAGAAUGUUGAUGCUCAUACAUGGUACUGUGGAAUUCUGUAAGAAUGCCGAAGCUCUCCUGUAAACCUGAUUGUACCUGCCAGAGAAGAACGGGAGGGAGAGAGAGGAAGGUCGCACAAGGCCCAAACAACCUCACAAGCACUUUUGAAAGACACUUCUCCAAUGAUUUGUUGCUUCAACAAAUGGAAACAUGUGCCACAACUGCGAGAAGAGCAAGAACUGCCGUUGCUCUCCAAACUCUUGACAGAAUAGCGCAACAACCAAUCAGAGAGGAGAAUGAAGCCUGCCAACUCAGAGCCAAUAUCAAUGGACCUUGAUCUUAACCAGUUUAACAGCUUGUGUCCACUACUAUUUAAAAAACUAAGGAUUCAGUGAUUGUGGUUCAACAUAGCUACACAAAGUGCCUCAUUUGAGCAGACAUUGACUGAAAAAACUGAUGCGUUUGAAGAGAAAGAUUGUUAUUCUAUUUUUAUGUAAAAAAAGAUUGAUAAGAAAGAGGUUUUAGAUGUGUGAUGGUCAGAUUACAGUAUCGCUGAUGAUGUUUCUGUAAAUGAUGAUGAAAAUGAAGUCACUGUGGGACUCGUACUGUAUGAUGUUUAGCUAACCUAGCAUCACAGCUGUAAUGAUUAAAUACAUCGCUUGACCCAUA